AUGACAUCGGAAGCAGUGACGUCAGUAUGUAUACAUAUCAUGAAGAGCGGUGAAAACGAGGUGACAUCCAUGAUAUUUCACUAUAUCAAGAAUCAUAUUCAAGAAAGAAUUGAUGAAAUCUGGCUCUUCUCUGAUGGUUGUUCAGGCCAAAAUAAAAACUACGUUCUCAUUCGUUUCGUGUACAUACUUGUGCACGUUCUAAAAAUAGCCUCUGAGAUAACACACGUUUUCUCAGUUCGAAGACACUCUUAUUUACCUUGCGAUAGUGACUCUAGCCUCAUUUCUCGGGCAAAAAAAGUUGUCCUUGAUGUUCCAGAAGAAUGGAACGACCUUAUACGACAGGCAAGAUGUAAGCCCUCUCCAUUCAAGGUGAUAAAUGCUGGAAAAGAAACUCAAUGGUUUCUUAUGGACGAAAGUUUGAAAUUCUUCUUUUUGAAAAAUACCAAACCAAAAAUUUCACUGAAACCAGCGCAAAUGUAUCGAGUAUCACAGCAGUAUCCGGCUCAGGUUCUAGUACGUCAAAGUUAUCAUGGUCCUUGGACGUUUUAUACCAUUGCAGGGAAAAGAAACUCACAAGAAAUAGCUCUAAUACCAAACGAACGGCAACCUCAAAUAAGCAAUGUGAAGUUUCGAGACAUAAUGGAACUCACUAAAUAA